AUGGAUCCGAAACAAACGGGCUACAUCACAGACCACCACCUCUUCGCAGAGGCAAGCUUGGACUGCCUUACUUUGAGCGUUGCCAUGGGAUGCGCAUGCUGGGCUCACACUCAGGAUGGCAACGGCCAGGUGAACUGGCCUGAGUUUGUGGAAUGGGCAGAGGCGAACAACGUGGAGCUUGAGCUAGGCCACGCAAGCAGCCUUUGCCACAGGCAGUACAGCAUCACGGACAGCAAUCAGUUUGUUGAGCUGGAUGAGCUACUGCAGAAGACCUACAAGAAGGUCUACACGCGAGAUCGAAAGAAGACCGGUAUUGACAAAGUGCCAGCAGGCUAUGAGCUGGUCAAGGCGUUCACUUACAUGUGGGUACCCGCGCAUUACACGGAUUGCAAUACCCCGGGUGGUUUCUCUUCCACGGAACCAGCCCAGAAGCCGCAAAAUCGAUCCUCUCGGGAUGUGCACCUGGCGAUGUGUUUUGGAACUUUCGGGAGUGGCGCUGCCAAGUGUACCACGGCGUUGCAGAAUUUCCGGUCUCGUGCGUUGCAGGCAACUGGCACGCUCUACGGCAGAGGGACGUACUUUGCAGAGUCCAUCACGAAGGCUGAUGAGUACGCGAAGCCUGAUGAUGACGGUCUUUGCUGCGUGCUGGUGUGCAGAAUUGCUGCAGGAACUGUUUUGUACAACGAUGAGGCCCGAUUUGCCGAGAGCGGGCAUGCCCUGAAGCUCACUGUCCUGCAAGCACAGGUCACCCCCGAUGCCGACAAGUUGCAGAGCAGCUGCAUCUCUGGUGAAUACCACAGCAUCCUUGGUGACCGCGAGAAAUGCCGCAACACUUUCAAGGAGUUUGUAAUCUUUGAUGCCGACCAGGUCUACGUCGAGUAUGCCCUGUUCUACAAGCGGCGCUACACUUAG